AUGUCAUCUCCGAGAACCCUCACUCCUAUCUCAUGGUAUGUGACUGGACACAAUGAAGCCGACGGUGAAUCCGUGUUCCAUUCUGACAUCAAUACUACGCCGCCCGUGAGAAAACAACCGGACAAUAUUCAAAUCUUCGACUGCUACUUGACACAAGGGUUUCCCAUCGAUUUAAGCGGGGACAAAGACAUUCGAACAUACGAACACCUCCUCCAGAACCCUCCAGGAAUUGUGGUUCCUAAUGGCUCUGCAGCCCGGGUUGUUGAUAUCCCACCAGGCUACACCUCACCCAUGCAUCGCAGCAUGAGCUUGAACUAUAACUUUGUCAUCGAGGGAGAGGUCGAUGCCAUUCUGAGCUCGGGCGAGGUGAGGACAUUGAAACGUGGCGAUGGAAUCGUUCAGCGUGCCAUCAACCAUGCGUGGAGGAACAACAGCCAGACCGAAUGGGCGAGAAUUACUGCUGUUGUCUUGCCGGUGCAACCUUUCCAGGUUGGACCAUCGAAAGGGAACGCUUCGGGAGCCCAGGAUACGGAGCAAAAGAAAGAAUAG